AUAAUUGCUCCACUCGAGGAAUUAAGAGCUCCAGUCAAAAGGAUUACGAGGAAGUUAUAGUUCAGCAAUGCCGCCACCACAUCACGACGAUCGUCUCUUUGGCAUCCAUUUGGGCCUGCACUUGGGACACCAUCAUCAUCACCAUGGACACCAUGGCCACCACGGACCACCGCCGCCACCCCAUCACCAUCAUCAUCAUCAUGGACCACCGCCGCCACCGCAUUACGAUCAUCAUCACCAUCACCAUCAUCACGGCCCACCGCCGCACCAUGGACAUGUUGACCACCAUCAUGGACACUGGGACCAUCACCACCACCAUGGACCCCCACAUCAUCACUGCUAAGUGUCAAAACUCAGGAAUAUAUCGGAAGAGGAACUUUGCGAUCUAUGUGUGAAGUGAAUUUAAAUAGUUAUGUUUAUACAAAGCAGCCACGAAUUUUAUUUAUUCUGUACAAAAACACAAAAACUAUAUAUAUAUAAAUAUAUA